AUGUCGGAUCGAGCAAUCGCGUCUCGGCCAAGCUUCGAACAGGUAGUGGCUAUAGUGGACUUUAUGGAAAAGCAUCCAGCACUAGCCCUUGGUCAAAUGAGAGGACUCGAAGGAAGGGAUGAGAGUAAAAGGCUGUGGUUCCAGCUGACAAGAAUUGUCAAUAGUAUUAAUGGGCCUACUAGACCUAUGAAAUCAUGGAUUAAGUAUUGGGCAGAUAAAAAGUCUACUGUAAGGUCUAAGGUCCUUUCUGUUGGUGACCCUAACUGCUUGUGUUCAAAUAUAGAGAAGAAAAUAUAUGAUUUGUUUCUUACCCGGGCCAGCAUUGUUAAGCAGAAGAAUGCUGCAGCAGAAUCUGUAAAGCAAGAGUCUCAUUUUCUAGAAGAACCAUUCAUUGAUGAAAACAGUAUGGAUCAGAAUCAUGUGGAGGCAGAGCCGGUGCUGGCUUUCGAAGACCCAUUCGCCAAUGUUGAGAAUAGGCAGAUUGCAAUUAUGGAGAAACUGGUGAAAGUGAUGACUGACCAAGCAUCUGCUUUGACGCAGCUUGCCCAAGCGUCACAUGCUAAUUCACAAGCCAUGGAACGACUGGCUGAGGCCUCACAAAUUCAGGCACGAGCGUUGGACCGGUUGGCUACAACGUUUGAGUCCAUCGGCGCGGCGACGCACGACGCGAGGAGUGCUAUUAUAGACAUCGAUACAACCAUGAAACGGUUUUAUACAAACUCUCCCACUUAG